CAAGGACUGUCAGGCCACUAGUCAAGAACGCUCAUAAGACCAUCGGCAGCUGUUCUCUUGGAAGGAGGGAAGAAGUAAACCAGUCACCAUGAGUGGGGACGCGGAAAUGGAGUGUUUCGGCCCGGCGUCCAUUUACCUCCGGAAGCCAGAAAGAGAGCGAAUUGAGGCUCAGAACACCCCCUUUGAUGCUAAAACCGCCUAUUUUGUGACUGAACCCAAUGAGAUGUACCUUAAAGGGAAACUAGUGAAGAGAGAGGGCGGCAAAGCCACCGUGGACACUCUGUGUGGGAAGUCUAUCACCGUGAAAGACACAGAAGUCUUCCCCAUGAACCCUCCGAAGUUCGAUAAGAUCGAGGACAUGGCCAUGAUGACCCACCUCAGCGAGCCUUCUGUGCUGUAUAACCUCAAAGAGCGCUAUGCAGCCUGGAUGAUCUACACCUACUCGGGGCUGUUCUGCGUCACCGUGAACCCCUACAAGUGGCUCCCGGUGUACGAUGCAGUGGUGGUUGCAGGAUACAGGGGCAAGAAGAGAGUGGAGGCUCCACCCCACAUCUUCUCCAUCUCUGACAACGCCUAUCAGUUCAUGCUCACUGACCGUGAGAAUCAGUCCAUCCUUAUCACUGGAGAAUCUGGUGCAGGAAAGACUGUCAACACCAAACGUGUCAUCCAGUACUUUGCGACAAUCGCAGUGGCUGGAGGCAAGAAAGCUGAGCAAGUUUCUGGAAAAAUGCAGGGGUCGCUGGAGGAUCAAAUCAUUGCAGCCAACCCACUGCUGGAGGCCUAUGGUAACGCCAAGACUGUGAGGAAUGACAACUCAUCCCGCUUUGGUAAAUUCAUCAGAAUCCAUUUCGCAACAUCUGGAAAGUUGGCCUCAGCAGACAUUGAAACAUAUCUGCUGGAGAAGUCUCGAGUGACGUUCCAGCUGUCUGCUGAGAGGAGCUACCACAUCUUCUAUCAGCUCAUGACAGGCCACAAACCUGAGCUCAUAGAGGCUCUUCUCAUCACCACCAACCCGUUUGACUAUCCCAUGAUCAGUCAGGGUGAAAUCACUGUCAAGAGUAUCAAUGACAUUGAAGAAUUCAUCGCUACUGAUACUGCCAUUGACAUCCUGGGCUUCACUGCAGAAGAGAAGGUCAGCAUGUACAAGCUGACCGGUGCUGUGAUGCAACAUGGAAACAUGAAGUUUAAGCAGAAGCAGCGAGAGGAGCAGGCUGAGCCCGAUGGCACUGAGGUUGCGGAUAAAAUCUCCUACCUCAUGGGUCUGAACUCAGCUGAUCUGCUGAAAGCACUGUGCUACCCAAGAGUGAAAGUCGGAAACGAGUUUGUGACGAAGGGUCAGACUGUCCCACAGGUGAACAAUGCCGUCAUGGCUCUCUGCAAGUCUGUCUAUGAGAAGAUGUUCUUGUGGAUGGUCGUCAGAAUCAAUGAGAUGCUGGACACCAAACAGCCGAGGCAGUUCUUCAUCGGUGUGCUCGACAUUGCUGGCUUUGAGAUCUUUGAUUUCAACAGCUUGGAGCAGCUGUGCAUCAACUUCACCAAUGAAAAGCUGCAACAGUUUUUCAACCAUCACAUGUUUGUCCUGGAGCAAGAAGAGUACAAGAAAGAGGGCAUUGAAUGGGAGUUCAUUGACUUUGGCAUGGACUUGGCUGCCUGCAUUGAGCUUAUUGAGAAGCCAAUGGGCAUCUUCUCCAUCCUUGAAGAGGAGUGCAUGUUCCCCAAGGCGACAGACAUGACCUUCAAGAACAAACUGUAUGACCAGCAUCUCGGAAAGACCAAAUCCUUUGAGAAGCCAAAGCCGGCCAAAGGCAAAGCCGAGGCCCAUUUCUCUCUGGUGCACUAUGCCGGCACUGUUGACUACAACAUCUUUGGCUGGCUGGACAAGAACAAGGACCCCCUGAAUGACUCUGUGGUGCAGCUCUACCAGAAGUCUUCAACAAAGCUGUUGGCAUUCCUGUAUGCAUCUCAUGCCUCAGCAGAAGCUGAAGGAGGUGGCAAGAAAGGUGGCAAGAAGAAGGGUGGCUCCUUCCAGACGGUGUCUGCAUUGUUCAGGGAGAAUUUGGGCAAACUGAUGACCAACUUGAGGAGCACACAUCCGCAUUUUGUGCGAUGCUUGAUUCCCAAUGAAUCAAAGACACCAGGUCUCAUGGAGAACUUCCUGGUCAUCCACCAGCUGAGGUGUAACGGUGUGCUGGAGGGUAUCAGGAUCUGCAGGAAGGGUUUCCCCAGCAGAAUCCUCUAUGGUGACUUCAAGCAGAGAUACAAAGUAUUAAAUGCCAGCGUCAUCCCAGAGGGCCAGUUCAUUGACAACAAGAAGGCCUCAGAGAAGCUGCUGGGAUCCAUCAAUGUGGAUCACUCACAGUACAAGUUCGGCCACACCAAGGUGUUCUUCAAAGCCGGUCUGCUGGGAACUCUGGAGGAGAUGAGAGAUGAGAAACUGGCUGAGUUGGUCACAAUGACUCAGGCUCUCUGCAGAGGCUUCCUCAUGAGAGUAGAGUUUGUCAAGAUGAUGGAGAGGAGGGAGGCUAUUUUCUCCAUUCAGUACAACAUCCGCUCAUUCAUGAAUGUCAAAACCUGGCCAUGGAUGAAGCUGUACUUCAAGAUCAAGCCUCUGCUAAAGAGUGCAGAGACUGAGAAAGAGAUGGCCCAAAUGAAAGAAGACUUUGAAAAGACCAAAGACGAUCUAACAAAGGCUCUGAGUAAAAAGAAGGAACUUGAAGAAAAAAUGGUUUCUCUGCUGCAGGAGAAGAAUGACUUGCUGUUGCAAGUGCAGUCUGAAGGUGAAAACCUCGCUGAUGCAGAGGAAAGGUGUGAGGGGCUCAUUAAGGCUAAAAUCCAGCUUGAGGCUAAACUCAAAGAGACAGCUGAGAGACUGGAGGAUGAGGAGGAAAUGAACGCUGAGCUGACUGCAAAGAAGAGGAAGCUGGAGGACGAGUGCUCCGAGUUAAAGAAAGACAUCGAUGACUUGGAGCUCACCCUGGCCAAAGUGGAAAAGGAGAAACAUGCCACUGAGAACAAGGUUAUAAGACUUCUCCUUAACAAUAUCGAAUACAAGAUGGAGAUCGAUGACCUCAGCAGCAACAUGGAGGCUAUCGCUAAAGCCAAGGGAAACCUUGAAAAGAUGUGCAGGACAUUAGAAGAUCAGCUGAGUGAGCUGAAAUCCAAGAAUGAGGAGAACGUUCGUCAGCUGAAUGACAUUAGUGCACACAAAGCACGACUUCAAACUGAAAAUGGUGAAUAUACACGUCAGCUGGAGGAGAAGGAAGCUCUUGUUUCUCAGCUGACCAGAGGCAAACAGGCUUACACUCAGCAGAUUGAAGAGCUGAAGAGGCACAUAGAGGAGGAAGUUAAGGCCAAGAACGCCCUGGCUCAUGCUGUCCAGUCUUCCCGUCACGACUGCGACCUGCUCAGAGAGCAGUAUGAGGAGGAGCAGGAGGCCAAAGCUGAGCUGCAGCGUUCAAUGUCCAAGGCUAACAGCGAGGUGGCUCAGUGGAGAAGCAAAUAUGAGACUGAUGCUAUUCAGCGCACUGAGGAGCUGGAGGAGGCAAAGAAAAAGCUUGCCCAGCGUCUUCAGGAUGCAGAGGAGUCCAUCGAGGCCGUGAAUGCAAAAUGUGCCUCUCUGGAAAAGACUAAGCAGAGACUGCAGGGUGAGGUGGAGGACCUGAUGAUCGAUGUGGAGAGAGCUAAUGCUCUGGCUGCUAACCUGGACAAGAAGCAAAGGAACUUUGACAAGAUUCUUGCAGAGUGGAAGCAGAAGUAUGAAGAGAGCCAGGCUGAGCUGGAGGGAGCUCAGAAGGAGGCUCGCUCAAUGAGCACUGAGCUGUUCAAAAUGAAAAACUCCUAUGAAGAGGCUCUGGACCACCUGGAGACCCUGAAGAGGGAGAACAAGAACCUGCAACAGGAGAUCUCAGACCUGAGCGAGCAGCUUGGUGAGACUGGUAAGACAAUCCAUGAGCUUGAGAAGGGGAAGAAGACAGUGGAAAGUGAGAAGUCAGAAAUCCAGACUGCUUUGGAGGAGGCCGAGGCUACCCUGGAGCAUGAGGAGUCUAAGAUUCUCCGUGUUCAGCUUGAACUCACCCAAGUCAAGAGUGAAGUUGACAGAAAACUUGCAGAGAAGGACGAGGAGAUUGAGCAGAUCAAGAGGAACAGCCAGAGAGUGAUGGAUUCCAUGCAGAGCACUCUGGAUGCUGAGGUCAGGAGCAGGAACGAUGCCCUGAGAAUCAAGAAGAAGAUGGAGGGAGACCUCAACGAGAUGGAG